ACUUACUAGUCCACUAUUGAAAUAUCAAACCCACAGAUAAAGCAGAGAGAGAAACUCUCUGUGUGUGUGUGAGAGAGAGAGGGGCGCCCCCAGUCUCAGUUUCUUCCAGAAAAAGAUUGGAUUUUUAUGCUUGGGUUUUAGUGAUCUGGUUCAUUUGGGAAAUUUGAAGAACAAUUGGAUAAUUCUUGUAUGUUUAGACAUAUGAUGAUUUACACUUCUUUCAGUGCUUGGAUCAGUCACUUUCUAGCUUGCAUGGGAGCAGAGGUUGUUUUGGUUGCUGUUCCAAAUCUCAUCCAAUUAUUGCUGUGGAUGAACCAUCUAAAGGACUGAGAAUUCAAGGAAAGUUGGUGAGAAAACCGAGUAUAUCAGAUGAUUUUUGGAGCACAAGUACAUGUGAGAUGGAGAACAGUACCGUUCAAUCUCAAAGGAGCAUGUCUUCCAUCAGUAUCUCAAAUAGCCUCGCUCAACACGGUGGCACUGGCAGUGCUAGCAACAAUAAUGAAUUCGUAAAUCAGGGCUAUCUUCUUUGGAACCAGUCCAGACUUCAGUGGCUAGCAAGUAAAAAGCCCGAGAACCGAAUAGUUGAAGAACCCAUGUUAAAUUGGAAUGUUUCUUAUGAAAGCUUAUUUGGGACUAACAAGCGUUUUCCUCAACCAAUUCCUCUCUCGGACAUGGUCGACUUUCUUGCUGAUAUUUGGGAGCACGAGGGUUUGUACGAUUAACCAUGCUGAUCCGAGUUGUGUAUUGAUUUUCUUCGUGUUAUAAUCUGAAUUUUACUGGUUGUUUUAACCUCUGAAAAAAUUGUGUAUAGUUUCUAGAAUACAGGGACAGGCAGAGGAUGGAAGUAUGUUUAGAAAACUAAGAUUUAACUGAUAGGAAAUGAGAGGCUAAAAGCAAAGGAAAACAUUUAUAUAGGGAUUGAAUAUGCUUUGUAAAUGGGAAGCUAUUUUACUCUGCAUAAUCUGUGAUUAUAUAUGUUGCUGGUUUACUAAUUUUGUCAAA